CACCUUGUAGCUCAAACACUUGUGUAACAGCUUCUAGUUCAAAGAGGGCCACUUAUCUUAGUUUCCUGAACGCUUUCAGUAGAGUAGAUAAUGCAGUCCAGGAGAUUUUGAAGAUUUUGUAGAUGUGGCGGACUAUAUUGGACCACAAAACAAAAUUAUUUGGGUGGAAUUUUGAUGUCUGAACAUGUCAGCUCUUAAACCCCAAUUCAUGGGUUUGUGAGUCCACGGUUUUGAAAAGGCAGUUUCGGAAAAAUUGUUGGUAACCUCCAUGGUGAAUUUAUGGUUGAACCCAGGAGAUGGUCAUAUUACCGAGUUUUGUUAAGCAAUAACUGGACAUUGCAACAUUCCCAGCACACACUUCUAUCACGUAUAAAGUGCCUUAGAGAGAAGACUCAUGACACACAGACACAGUGCCAGAACUUCAGGUUUUGCUGGUAACAUGGCUAAGCUCAUUUGGAAUCCAAGAAAUAUUCGCCUUGCCACAGCCUUGAUGAUGUUUACAUAUCUUUGCAUAGUAAUGACUUAUUUUAAGUACAGUAAUUUUUUCAGUCUAAAAGCAAGCCGUCCAAACCCAAGAGCUGCAAUACAGAAGCCUUCCACAUUUUCUGGCUCAGUUUGUCCAGCAUCUAUAUCAGCCAACAGCAUAACACCUAUUAGAGGGACCAGAUAUCUAAUGGUGUCUGCUUUCAUAACUGAUGAGCCAAACGGGCAGGUAAACAUUAUUACCAUAAUGAACCGGACCCAUUCAGAGCUAUUUACCUGUAUAUUUUGUUGUUACCAGCAUGGGCUCAGUAUAUCUCCUGUCAUACUGGACAAACACAUUGAUCACUUUGGAUUCCCUUUUGUGACCACAGAUGCAUUCUGUAACAUAGACCCAACAUGCAAUGCCACACACAUGACCAUUUCAAGACCAGAGAACCUUCUAGAGAUUCAGAGUCACCUGUAUUUGCCUAUACACAAGCUCCUGACGCGCAGGAGAGACUUUGAUGUGGACUUCACGCUAUGCAUUUCUUGCUUGUUUGGAGGUUAUAAUAAUGUCCUUCAGUUUGUGCAGACUAUAGAGACAUACAAGCUUCUCGGUGUGGAGCACGUGGUUAUCUACAACACCAGCUGUGGCCCGGACCUUGAUAAGGUCUUGCGCAGCUAUGAGGAAGAUGGCAUCCUGGAAAUCAUUCCCUGGCCAAUCCAUCACUUCCUAGAGCCAUCCAAAGGCUGGAGCUAUGAGUUGCACUCAGGGGAAGUGCACUACUAUGGGCAGCAGGCCACGAUAAAUGACUGCAUCCACAGAAACAGACAGAGGUCCAAAUAUGUGAUUCUGACUGACGCAGAUGAAAUCAUCAUGCCAUAUCAACACUCAUCCCUGCACCAACUAAUGACAGAGCUUCAGCAAAAUAACCCUAAUGUGGUGGCCUUCAUCUUUUGGGCCCAUGUCUUCUCCAGGGAAGUUAACAUUGGCAGCGAGAGAUUUAACUUUCGCCAGUGGAGGCAUGUACCUGGUGUCAACAUCCUAAGACAUAUCUCCAGAGAGCCCUUAAAGUGGUGGGCCAACAACAAUAGCAAGAUGAUUGUUGACCCGAGGAAGGUGAUGCAGGCAUCUGUGCACACUGUCUUUAAAAUCAGUGGAAAGUCCAUCUGGGUGCCCAGUGAUUUGGCUAUUGUCAUGCACACUGCUAAACCGCAGCGUCCUGAUUUAGGCACUGAGAAACUGAUCAUGGACAAUCAGAUUUGGGAGUAUGCAGAAAGGUUGAUACCAAAUGUAAAUAAAGUGCUGCACAAAUCUGGGAUUUUGAAGUGAAAAAAGAGCCAAUCAUGCAAAAAAAAAAAAAAACCUGUCUAAUCAUUUAAAUCAUUGUA